UCUAGUGGCGCAAACAUCUUUUAACAUAUUCUCAUUUUUGUUGCUUUAUACAUUUGAAAUCUACCAAUUAGAAACUUUACUGAUCGAAUUUAUAGUGCUGAUUCGAAGUAAAAGUGACCGCAACGAGCGACAACUUGACGAUGACGUUGGUGGUACUCGCGCUGUCGCUGGCCUGCGCGGGCUUCGGUCUGACCGUCGCUCAAAUGGAGCCGAUACCCCUCUUGCCUGACUUGGGGUCGGGAGACAAGACAUGUGGAGCAAGCCCCUCUGCCGGACAAUCUCAAACGAAGGGCAUCUUCCGGACCCUGGAGCUGGCCUCCGCCUCGGGAGCUCCCGUGGUUUAUGAACUUGAAUUUUACCCAACCGACGCCGAACUUAAUACUCCUCGGUACAUUUAUUCUUUCGAUGCUGCAUUUCCCGAACCAAUCGCCACAAUUGAUGCCGCGAAAUUCGAGGACUGCGCUAGAAAGGCAGCACUGGCAGACGUGGCAGGCUUCGUGUUCGAAGAUACAAGCUGCUAUGAGUUACCUAAGCCGAGGGCGAGCCUAUGUGCAUGUACCGGCUCAGGACACGGUAAACAGUUCCCCACGGGAAUGUACUUCAAACAGCAGUACCUCCAGACUGGUGAUACCGACCCUCUUAUCGAUGACCCUAGAACGAUGAAUGUUUCCUAUAAUGAAGCACGUCUGAUGAAAAUCAAGAAUGACUUGUCGCAAGAUAUUCCUUUCAAAAGUUUUGGAAUGGCUUUGCCUUCAGAAGACAUCAGCCAAGCAAACGUCGUCGUGUACAAUGCGAUGGGCGAUAGGCGUUAUUUCCUUAGCGCAGCCGUUGACCUGGAGUCCUGCAUCACCUCGGCUCCCUGUGGCGACAUGGCGCUCAUACCUUACCAGCUCACUUCGCCCCCGCCCUUAGUCCUACUCAAGAACUGCGGCCAGACGAUCACACUCCCUAACCCCGGCGAGUUCGGGGUUUACAUCUUGUCUCAUCCUGGGCUCGGGUGUCAGUAUUUCCCCAACGAGGCUGUGACCGACUGCUCUGUGAAAUUCACGCACACGCCGGACCUCGGUGGAAUCUUCAUUAUCGUCUUUGACCCGUCGACUGACUUCAAAGGGGACGACGGGUGUGACGGGUACAGUGUUGAGGUGGAGACUGUGGGAUGGGGGAGCAUCCCCAAGUUCAACUACUGCAACGACACCACCAGUGUUAAAGAGGCCUAUUUCACGGAAGAGCUCACCAUCACCCUGAAGGGCUCAUCGACUAAUAUGAGAAAGAAAAUUGGAUUCGUCUUCCUCAUCAAAUACGAAGAAUGUUGUUAAGAAGAAAGGCAUUAUUUCGCUGUCUUCGACGGUCAAAAUUUAUGCGUAGGUGCCGGUUCCCAUUAAGUCGCCCUGCUAUCGGCAUAGUCGUCAGUAUCCUUUAGGUCACCCUUCCAGCAGCAUAAGUUUCAGGUCCCCUGUAGUCACACUGCCAUCAGAGUAAUAUUGUCGGUUCCCCUUAAUUCACACUGUCAUGAGCGUAGGUAUCAGUUCCCAUUAAGUUACCCUGCCAUAUGAGUAAUUGUCACUUCCCCUUAAAUCACACUGUCAUCAGCCUAGUUGUCAAUUCCCUUAACUUACAGCGCCUUCAGCGUAGAUGGAAGUUCUUUUUCGGUUACCCUGCCAUCAGCGUAGGUGACAGUUCCCUUAACUCACAGCGCCAUCAGCGUAGGUGUCAUGCAGUUCCCCUCAAUUCACCCCAAACGCAAUUUCCGCCGUAACUUUGCCGGGGUUGCGAGCGAAGUAUUUCCGACUGAUAGAUAAACCCACGAAAGCGCCCAUAUUCAUGCACUAGUUCCUCUUUUAUGUUUUGCUAUUGUCAAGUCUCGCGUGAUAUUCAAUGAUUUUUCAAUGCUGCUUUAAUGUUUUUGCCUUGAGAUUGCACUGUGCUCUGAGUGACUUACACGUGAUACCAUUAUGUUGUGUGUCAUUUUAUUUUAAAACCUUUGUUCAAUCAUAAGAAAGGUAAAUUUAAACCAUACAAACCACCGAUGAUCAUACUUCAAGUGGACAACGUCUCUCCUGUGAGUAUGCGUAUAAAUUUUAUAAAUGAAGGUAUGUUCUUGGAGAGACAUGGUGAUAAGAAAUAAUAGCUUUGGAAGAGUUUAAUGGCUUUAGAAAGAUGUCCUGUACAGUUGCUCCUUGAAGACUUUUAAAAACGGUAACACGAGUCAUCGUAGAGCUUUGCAAUCCUCUGCAAUAAUCAGUACACGCUGUAUAGUUGCAAUCAUGCUCCGAGGUAUCGUUAUGUUCUGCGACUCCCUGAAGUGAUUAGUGCACGCCUUAUACUAGUUGCGAACUUAGCUCACUAGUGUCCUUAAGUAUAAUGGCUUCCUGAAGGACGUACGUGUGUCUGCCCGAGUUGAUGUUCCACCAACUCGUUGAGAUGUACAACGAGCCAGGUUAAAAAGACCACGCAUGUUGCCGCAUUUAGAAUCGUACAGUCUCCGUGAUCCUUCUCAGCUUACGGAAAUCGAAACAAUUUUGCAUAAACCGGUAUUUAUUUUUCAUUAAACAAUUUCGAGAGUUCCGAGCUGACGUAUUCGGUUAAAUGGUUUUCGUAAUAUCUCAUUUCUGAGUUAUCAAGCAGCUGUUGUUGCGCGAAAGGUAUUCGAAACUGCUUCAUAUACACGAUGGCAUUCAGGUAAGCGUCCUUUAAAUCGUGUUUCAUCAAAUGCAGUAAACCUAAAAGUAUAGAUAGACAGCAGGCGUCAAGGUGUCACCUGUCGCUGCCGUUCUUAUAGGUCUGCAAUCUUCGCCGAUGUCGUUGCAAUUCUAUCAAGACCCUCCAUUCUCAGAACAUGUGCUUCUUCUUGUCUAAGUAUGCCAGUGAAUUUUUUCAUGUUAAAUUUUUCAGAAAAUUUA